AUGGUCAAAACGCGCAAAACCACCGCUUCUAAUCAAACACGAAAACAAAGGACUUCAUUGAAUCGCAAAUCAAAGAGAAAAAGAGACCAAGAUAGUGAGUCGGACGUUGAGCCGCCGUCUGCUCGUAAGCGCAGGAAAUCGGGCAUCCCCCAGCGUAGUUCACAGUCGCAUGCUCAAGUCGAGUAUCCAGACCAAGACAGCGAAGAGGCCGAAAAAGAAAGUUCAGGAGACUCAGACGAACAAGAAGACACUGUCUUAAAGGGAGGCUGGUAUCUUGUUCGCGCAGUCAUUGAUGAACGGUUUGAGAUUUCAGACGGCGAAACUAAACACGAGUACCUUGUCGAUUGGGUACCAAGCUCCCAAGAAACAUAUCAGCCAACCUGGGAACUGGCCGAAAACUUGAAUGCAGAGGCAUUGAGAGAUUGGGAAAAGAAAAAGGACAAGCGGGAGCGCCAGAAGCUACGACGUGAAGCCGAUCGCCAAAAUACAAGAAGCCGACGAGGGCUUCGGAGCCUCACACCUCGUACUGCUUCAGCUGAGCCAGCUGCGUUUAAUGUGAGACAACAGCUUGAGACUUUUGAUGCAUCACACCAAAACCGCUCUCGGUCCAACUCUAUUAACCAAGGCGUGCGAGCGAGAGACCGUCCCAGACUUGAGCAAGAGUCCGCGUUCUCAGAGGAACCAGUUCCAUCAAUCGUUUCAGCGUCAUCUUUUGAUGUCGAAUCUGUAAGGUCGCCUGAAUCUCCUGCUCGGCCUAUUCGAAAUUUUGCCAUUGUGUUGCGUAAACCCGACAAUUUUGACCCUUCUGAGUACCAAAGCGUUCACAGCGGCUCUCAAAAAAUCUCAGAUCUUGAAGACAAUGAUCAACGUCUAGCGUUCACAUCACAGCUGAGCCAAGACACUAUCCCUGAUUCUCAAGAUUUAUCUGGUCGUUGGGAUCCUAGAAACCUCGGGAGUCAAGCUGGUGUACAGGAACCAGACACCCCUGGAAUUCCUGCUGGUCAACUAUCAGUAGAUUUGGGUCAUCUAGAAAAAGGUGAUCAAGGGAGAGGCACUCGCAGUCCAGAAAUCCACAACCCUGUCCAAGCUAUAGCCGACCGGGAAACCGAAUUACCUCAAUCCAUCGAUCGUUCAGUAGAACUCGACGCAUCAUCCCCAGCACCUGGUCAAGAAGAGGCCUGUUUUGAGAACGGACAGUCAUACUACGUUAACGGAGGUGACAUUGGCGUUAACAACCACUCUGACGACGAAAAUCGGGAGAUCGAUGGUAACCAAGCCGAACAGGAUUUUGAAGUCGAUAGCAGUGAGAUAGGAGAUUCUAUUCGCAAUCAACUACUCGAAGACAACCAAAAAUUUCACCUCAACGAUACAGAUUACGAUCGACACCUUUCAGAAGAGAGCGAGUACAGUAUAAAUCAAAGUUUCGAUACUGCCAACUCUGGAGCUGCCCAAGAACCCUUGAGCAAUACAGACUCUUACAUCCCUUCAGAUCAACAGACUCAAGACAAUACCUUAACCAACGAGUUCUUAGGGAACGGACAGAGAGUGGCAGAACUUCGCGCCCCUGGAGCCAUUGAUAGCCCUCUUUCUAAUCAAGACGCGGACAGUGCCCCGAGGAUUGGUUUUGAGAGGAGUUCCUCAAGUCAUCGUGACUCUGUGGAUGAUCUGCAUAUCGACACUAGUCAGUCACAACAACCUGAUAUCGAUUUCUCUUCCCAGCCCUCCCCCCAGGGCCACUUCGGCACGCUCAGUUCCAAAGUUUCUCAUAGAUUAGGUUCCCCCCUAGAAGAAACUGCACAACUUGAACCACAACUGUCCUCAAGUAACGACAUCUCUCGCAUUAUUCCAGACUCGCAGUAUUCAAACUUAACUGCAGAGUUACAUCCCAAGGCGCCCCAGAGCCUGACGGCGUCGAACAGGGUCCAGAUCACCCCUUUUGCUUCUCAAGUCGAGCUUGUUCCAGACUCGGCAACAACUGAUUCAGAUAUCCCCUCUCAUCAACCAGAUCAGCCACGCCUACCUUCAUUGGGAAGGGGAGACACAUUUGACAGUUUCCCACCAACUGAUCAUCGUGCACCAGCAGCCCCAAUUCAAGAAUUUUCUAGCCUCAAUAACACCCAGAAUACACCAGUCUUUUUUACCCAGCCCCAAGGAAUACACGACUCUCCUGUUAUCUCGAGUUCUUUGCCAAGACUCGGAACUAACCAGGGUGUGCAGGCUUCAUUGGAUCCGGAUUCGUCUUCCAAAUCGACUGGCGUGCCCCGCAAGAUCCAACAUAGAGACAUCAACGAGCUGCAGGCAGCCCAGUCGCAGUCUCAGACCUAUAGUGCAUCUAAUCCACCUUCUGAGUUACCCGGACCACCUCUAGAAACUCGAAAAAUGGAGCGCUCAUAUUCUCAGCCACGGAGCCUAGCCGCCGAUGAGCUCAAAAGCUUUGUUGAUUUUGGUACUGAUUCAGUAUUGGGUCAAGGCGGUGAUGGGGAAAGCCUAGAUGCGACAUCUUACGGAAUCUCAAAUGAGCAAGAACCCAUACUCAGUGCCGGCACAGCUGGUCUGGAUAUUGCCGCCAGUUCUUCUGAAGCUAUCAUACAAUCGCAGCCAGUUUAUUCAGUCGACCCUUGGAAACCAGAGGCUUUAGGAACUACGCCAGAUGCCCCUGCGCCUUCAAUUUCGCCGGCAUCCAUUAUGGCAAACCCUCAUAGAUCAACAGCCGACAGUUUGAGAGAGAUGAUCGAUCGGGCGUACAGCAAUUCAAGGGAAUCCAUCGCCCGUUCUCUCUUGAGCCAGGAACCUCAUGAUAGAACGUCACCCAAUACUGUCUCUCCAGCAGCCAUUAGCAGGGUCAUUGACCCUCUAGAGACGACUCACACCUUAAACUUGACAAACAGAGGCACAAUACCCUCUGAGAUGGACAGCCCUGGUCCCUCGAUCACGAUGGGUCAGAUUCCUGACGAACAAGACUCUGAUAUCUCGUCUCAAUCGUCUCAACAAGAAGAUGGCCAUACGCAGCAUGUCAUCACUCUUCCGAUGCAGGCAAGUAAACGGCCGUAUUAUGGAGAGAUAAUAAAAGAUUACAAAGUCGAAAUCGAGGCUUUCAGCGCUUCGUUCACUGGCGAGUCUGGCGAACAGCCCAGCAAGUCUCUUGUGCAAAAGAUCCGAGAUCUUUUUGACAGGUUAUUCGACAUUUGCGAUUAUCCACCCAAUGUUGUAGGAACGGCGCUUGAGUCGGAGCCCAGCGCUGAUAUUGCCAAAUUCUGCUGUGAUUCCAAUCCGAAGUUCAGUUUCUUGUUUGAGCUAAUGACUGCUCUGGAUAAAAAGGAAAAGGAGAUUCUAAUCGUGGUUCGCAAUCGAGAACUCAUGCGGCUUGUCUUCGCCCUUACUGAAGUUGCGGAGAUUGAAUGCUCGGCUGAGGGCAUCAAUCGGCGCACAAACUUUCCGUCAGCUAUAAGGAUCACUCUUGCUCUAUGGAAUGAGGAUUUCAAUCCUUUCAAUUUUGACGUCGUUAUCGGAUUUGACUAUCGUUAUAUUCGUUCGGGGAUUGCUAUGCAAUUAGCAUCUGGGACAGGCCGGAAGUCACCGGUCGUACUUUUGAUGGUGACAACCUAUUCCGUUGAGCACGUCAGCUUGCACACUUUGAGCAAUGCGUCUGAGCUCGAGGAAACGAACGCAAUGCUUGCGUGCACCGUCCAUGCAGGGCAAUAUCUUAAAGACCCUGAACGUGGCUAUGGUGAACCGCAUGAAAUUGCUGAAAUAUUCGCGCGUUACCUGAAUGGCAUUACUGGUACAUUGAACUGGGAGCAUCAGGAAAUACCGGAAGAUGUCCUUGAUAUUUUCGAGGGCCCUAUGUCCCAAAACCAACUUCUUAUUGCAGUGGACGAGUUGCAUGGGAAUGGCCAUAAACGAAAGUUUAGCGACGGCGAGGCUGCUGAUGCCAAACGGACGCGGACACUUCCUCUUCGGGACCCGCCAGUUGGUUCCAACAACCCUCCUAUGCCUCUCGCAACACGGCGAUGGCUUGACGGUGCAUUGCUUCGAGGAGAGGCCAACGAUAGGGAGGCGACUACUUCUGUGCGCGUGGCAGUCCUAGACUCACUCAGGGAGCAGGCGGACGAGUACGAGCGCAAGGUUUUAUUAGCGAGCGAGGUCGAGACUGAACUGAAGAAACAAAUUAACCGUCUUGACAAGGAACUCAAGGACUAUCGAAAGACAGCAACUAAGAUUGGGCUGUCAAAUCGCGCCGCUAUCCAAGAUCGAACAGUCUUUGAGAAGGAAAAGUUCAAAGCCGAGGCGGACUUGCAAGCCGCAAAAGCAGCUAUGCAGAAAGAGGACGAGAAGUACAAGCAGAGGAUAGCCGAGCUCGAAUCUACGAUCAGUCGUCUAAGGGAGACACCCGGAGCUGCCGAAAGGGAAGACGCACUGGCUGCAGCGCAAAAAAAGAUACGGACCGCGGAAGACAAGCUGAAGAUCGCCUUGACAGAUGUAGAUUUCAUGAGAAGCCGGUAUCAGGAUGUCGAUUCUACAGCAGCCCGGUUGUCCAACGAGGUCAAUGCACUGAAGGUACAGAACGAAGAUCUGGAACGGAAAGCUUCAGCGAACCUGUUGGCUAUCCAUGCACAGCAGGCUUCUGGGGAGAGACAGGUUAUGCAGCAACAGAUUGCGAAUCUACAAGCGCAACUCCAGCAAAAGGACGCAGAACUGAUUGCAGCGCAUCAGAAACUUAGUAGUUUUGUGAAUGGGCGGAACACACGAGGAGGCAGCAUGCCUCGCAGCCCCCGCGUUCCAAGUGGAGUGAGUCCACGGCCCAGUCGGGCGUAUCCUGGUUCUGCUAGUAGAGGAACAAGUCCUUCCGGGCCUGGUACACAGUUCAUGAGCCAACAGGCUCAAAAUACCAGGUGGAAUCCUCUUCAGUGA